AAGAGGCUGGGGAGUGGGAGGGGGGAGCAGCAGAGCGAAGCCCCCGCCCCUCCAUUGUGUGGGAACUUUCCUCCCCGCACGACCCCCCCGCCCGGACAGGAGUUUCCCACUUUGAGCGUCUGCUUGGUUUUCUAGCAAAGCGAAGUCGCUCCGAAUCGGGAUUUGGAGCAGAUGCAAAAAAGAGGAUCGGAUUUGCGCUUCGGAGCAGCCGCGGAGUAAAUUGCACGGAGUGCAAGGGGAGAGAGAGAGAGCGCAGCGCCCGGUCACCCGCGGGCGCCGCGUUGCAAAGCUUCGCGUCGCGCAAAGUUAGCCCUUAGCGGAGCCGUGGAUGGCGGCGGGACGGGGGCUGUCCGGACCGGACCGAGAGCCCUGGCCGGGAGUGGGCAUCUCCCGGCGGAGACGAGCAGGUCAAUGCUGAAGGGGAAAUUCCCCCACCGAAAAUGCUCCGGGAUUCCCACCAGCAGAUCGGCGGGAGAUGAAAAGCGGGGCUUGGGUGCCAGACGCUUCCCUGGCACCUCUGGAAGGCUGCGUUGAAAAGCCAGAGGCUUGGUGCGCGAGGACGGUGUGAUUGGACGGCUGGCAUCCUUUCCCUAGAGGCCGCCGCCCAAAUAUCCCGCGCGCGGAGGGUCUCAGAAGAAGCGGUCAUCCCACGCAGCGCUGGGCCUGGGUAGCUGUGCUAUGAAUUGGUUGCUGAGGCUUCUCUGCGUCAGCCUGGUCUACAUCAGCCUUGCUGGAGCAGGUAACAACAGCAAAGCCCAACCUCGCACGGUGGUUGGCCGCCAAGGAGAGAGCGCCCUUCUGCGCUGCAACCUGCUGAAGCCAGACGAGACGAAUCCCCCGCUCUACGUCAUUGAGUGGGUGCGAUUCGGUUUCUUGCUUCCCAUCUUCAUCAAAUUCGGGCUGUAUUCCCCCCGGGUGGAUCCAGAUUACGUUGGUCGUGUACGCAUCGAAGCUGGGGCUUCCCUACAGAUUGACCGUCUGCGCACCGAGGACCAGGGCUGGUACGAAUGCCGGGUUCUAUUCCUCAAUCGCCCCAACAAUGAUGAUGAAUUUCAGAAUGGCACCUGGAUCCACCUCAUUGUCCAUUCUCCCCCCGUCUUCCAGAAGACCCCCCCAGCUUUGAUAGAGAUCCAGGACCAAAAAUCGGUGACCCUCUCCUGUUCGGCCACCGGCAACCCGCCGCCUCUCGUCUCUUGGAAGAGAGACAGCCAAACCAUUGACAAUGGCAACGAAAUGCAGGUGAAAAAUGGGACUUUGUUUAUCGCUAGAGUCGAACGGAGCUCUGCUGGCCUGUACUCCUGCCACGCCACCAAUCAGGAGGGCGCUCUCAUUCACACAACCCGCCUCCUCAUCCAAGGUCCACCGGUGAUUGUGGCCCCUCCGAAGGACAUCACCGUCAACCUCAGCCAAAAUGCCUUCUUUGCGUGCCGAGCUGAAGCCUAUCCCGCCAACCUCACCUACAGCUGGUUUCAGGGCGGCACCAACGUCUUCCAUCUCAGCCAUCUCCGGUCACGGAUUCAAAUCCUGGUGGAUGGAAGCCUUUUGGUGCAGAAAACAACCCCGGAGGAUUCGGGGAAAUAUACUUGCAUCCCCAGCAAUGGGCUGCGGAAAUCGCCCUCGGCUUCUGCCUCCCUUACCGUUCUCUAUCCAGCUCAAGUCGCUAAGAUGCCUCCAGAGACCUUUCUGCCAAUUGGCAUGCAAGGCGUAAUCCGGUGCCCCAGCAGAGCCAACCCUCCCCUGCUCUCGGUCAGCUGGAUCAAAGAUGGGCAGCCGCUGGAGAUUGGCAAGUUCCCAGGUUGGUCCCUGAAAACCGACGGGACGAUUGUCAUCGCCACAAGCAACGAUGACGCCCUGGGCGUGUAUGCUUGUACCCCGUACAACAGUUUUGGAACAGCUGGUAUUUCGGCACCCACACGGGCCCUCCUCAAAGACCCUCCCACGUUCACCCUUCGGCCCAAAGAGGAAUAUUUCCAGGAGGUGGGCCGGGAACUGCUAAUUCCAUGCCUGGCUCAAGGAGACCCCGUACCCAUCACCUCUUGGACAAAAGUGGGAAGCAAGACCUUGGCCAACGCGCAGGUGGACACAAAUGGCAGCCUGAACCUGCGGCCCCUGACGAAGGAGCAGCACGGCUUGUGGGAAUGUGCCGCCAACAACGGCGUGGCCAGGAUUAGCGCCACCACCACUGUCUACGUGUUGGGUACCAGUCCACAUGCCGUGGUCAACAUCUCCGUGUGGCCCCUACGACAAGCAGUCAAUGUAACCUGGGAACCAGGUUUUGAUGGAGGUUAUUUCCAGAGGUUCAGCAUCUGGUACACGCCAAUAUUGAGACGCCUGAACCGGCCCCACCACGACUGGGCCUCGUUGCCGGUGCCUGUGGGGGCUUCCCACAUCCUGGUGGAGAACCUCCGGCCAGAUAUGAGCUAUCAGUUCAGCGUCUUGGCUCAAAACAAACUCGGCAGUGGUCCGUUCAGCGAAAUCAUCUCCAUCGCGCCUCUGGGUGUCCCCACUCAGACUGUGCCCCCCGUCCUCCCAACCACGGCCUCCCUGGUCUUCCUCCCCCCACCCCAGUUCCUGAGAUCCAACGAGACCAUGCGGGGGGUCCUGCUCCUGUGGGAACCUCCACUCCACGAUCCUUCGGCCUUGAUGGGAUAUGCCCUGGAGCUGCGGCAGAACCGGGGGAAGUGGGAGGUGCUGAGUGGGUCCAUUCCCAGCUCCGAGACCCAAUUCCUGGUGCCUGGACUCAUCAAGGAUACCUUCUAUGAGUUCCGCCUGAUGGCCUUUGCCGGUAGCUACAUCAGUUACCCCAGUAAUGUGGUCAAUGUUUCAACCACGGGGAUGGAGGUGUACCCUUCCCGCACCCAGCUCCCUGGGAUGCUACCCCAACCUGUGCUGGCUGGCGUAAUUGGGGGCGUCUGCUUCCUGAGCAUGGCGGUCAUCUUCAGCACCAUGGCCGCCUGUGUCAUGAACCGGAGGAGAGCAGCCCGUCUCCGCAAACGCAGGCAAGAUCUACCCAUUGUGUUUUCCUCCACCAAGAAGCUUCUGUCUACGCAGCAUUCAACAGAUACGGCGAGCUCGGACAGCAUUAUGAAGCUGAAAUUUCAGGGGUCUCACUAUGAGAGCCUUCCCCGGAGCCUCUCGUGGGGCAAGAAAGCCAGCCGUAACCUCAGCCUCAAUCUCUCCAGCAGCCACGCCUCCAACAGCACCGAUUACAUCCUCUACAAGAGCCACGAGGACCAAUCGCUUCCUCUCGAGCGCAUCUCCCGGGGUCCCGACGGCCGCUUUGUGGUACAAAGCGAGGAGGUGUCCCGAGAACGCCACAGCCCCUCCUCCCACAGGGAAAGCCCACCGGAGCCCUACCUCCAAGUCUUCUCCUCUCCCAAGGAAGCCCAGUGGCACCGCAGUGUCCACCUGAGAGCCAAGAACACCGGACAGGCCCAGCAGGAAGCCAAGGCUUCAAACCAUCGACAAGGCCGCUAUUUCGACUACAGCAGCAGCCUGACAGAGGAAGGAGAGCCCUUGCGUGCCGCCACGCCGUACAGCACGAUCCCAGAUACCCAGUGGCUCCGGGACACCGUGGCAUCUUCUCCGUCCUCCUCACCUCACUGCACGUCCAGAUCUUCCUCUCCGACAGUCCUCCCCGGCGCGAGUAAUUCGGCCCAGAGUGGGAUUCUCCAGUAUUUGAGUUUGCCCUUCUUCAAAGAGAUGAACGUGGACGGCGAUUGGCCGCCGGAGAACGAAAAAGAUGACGGAACUUUGGUGGAGGCCGUCAAUCAUGAGCCCGGACUUCUGGGCAGCCCCAGGAGGUCUUUUAUGCCAGACCAGGACAGGACAGCUGGUCCCAUCUACAUGGACAUGGAGGCCGAUUCGAGCACCGUUCAGGAUCAGCUCGCGGAAACGUCCUUCCUCCAACUUCCGGAUCCCGAUACGGGUCCCGCGAAGACACCCUUGCCUGGGUCCCUGGCUUGCCCGCUGUACCUCUGUUCCAGGACCGAGAGCCCGCCACCGAAGGACCAAGGAUGGUUAUGGACGCUGUCGCCUUCCUCGUCGCCGUCCUCCCAGCCCCUCCCGGAUUGCCCCCAGGCUGAGCUGUCCUGCCUGGCCCUCCCUUUGCCCGAGCUGCCCGCCGAGAAGCCCAAGUCGCCCACCGCCAAUUUCCCACAAGCCCUCCCCUCGGAGAAAUUCCUGAGGGGCAGCUUGACCAGCAGCCAAAGCAGUGGGCGGGGCAGCGCUUCUUUCAUAAGGCCGUCGUCGUUGGCCACCUCUGUAGCGGGCAGCUACCUCAGUUCCCCUUUCGGAGACGCGCCCAGCGGCCGAAGCAGCUCUGUGGGGGACGAGAACAGAUACAAAAAGGAGAAUUUAGCGGCUGUCUUGGAGAAAAGGAGGAACACUUCCGUGGAUGAAAACUACGAAUGGGACUCGGAGUUUGCUCUGGAGUCGGAAUUACUGGACGCCUUACAACUCUAUCGGAGCGGAGACCCCAAGCGACCCAUUUCCACUAUCGCAGCCCACGACUUGGAGAGACAGAGCUUCAGAGGCUCCACUGAAUCCAGCAGAACAUCUCCUACUAAUUCACAGUCGGUCAGCGCCUUGGAUGGGUCCAGCCCUCCGCUUCCCUUGGCAAAUCCGGAGGAGCGUUGCGCCGCCCUGCGCAAGGAAUUCCUCGCUUACCGCCGCCGGCGAGAAAUGAUUCAGCAACGGCGGCAGAAGAGGGACCCUGGCGGGAAGGAUGAAAGAUUUGAACAAGCCACCUUAUUCUAAAAAUCCCUUCCCUGGGAUUUUGUAUUUUUGGAGUGGGGCGGGAUACAGUUCACCGUCUGUCCACCAGAGGGCAGCUUUGGGACAACUUGAACGCUAAGUCUGCCCUCUAGAGGCACACAAGAGAACUGCUUUGUAAAUUCCAAAGAUAAUAGGCAUUUUUUAAAAAAAAAAACAACUCCCCCCCCCCCCCAAAUCUCUGGAAUAUUUUAUGCAGGCAGGGAGAAAAAAAUACAUUGACGCCACCCCUGUGGGUUUCUUUGUGUGUGAA